GCGGCGAAGUUGCGUGUGGGACGCGGACGCCGCUCGCUCCUUCGCCGCGGGGCUGCCGGGGGGUCGCGGCCCGCCUCGACGCCCCCGCCCCGCCGCUCCUCCGGGACGGGCACCGGGCGCUUUCUCCUCGCCGGCCGCAGCAGAACUGUGAGGCCGAGUUUGGUAUGAUACCAUGGAAGGGCAGCACAACCAUCCACAUCAUCUAGGGGACCAGAACAACCCUCUUUGCAAGCUGCCAGGACAAGAAUACCAGCAUGAUCCUCAGAGACAUUUAACGGGGUACCCGUAUCGCUGCACCUUGGCAGACUUUCAGAUUGAGAAGAAGAUUGGACGAGGACAAUUCAGUGAAGUUUACAAAGCAACUUGUCUUAUGGACAGAAAACCUGUGGCAUUGAAGAAAGUUCAGAUUUUUGAAAUGAUGGAUGCCAAGGCUAGGCAAGAUUGCAUUAAAGAAAUUGACCUCUUGAAGCAACUGAACCACCCCAAUAUAAUUAAGUAUUUGGAUUCUUUUAUUGAAGACAAUGAACUUAACAUUGUCCUGGAACUGGCCGAUGCUGGAGAUCUCUCUCAGAUGAUUAAGUAUUUCAAGAAGCAGAAACGGUUAAUCCCGGAAAGGACGGUGUGGAAAUAUUUUGUGCAGUUAUGCAGUGCAGUUGAACACAUGCACUCCCGCAGGGUGAUGCACAGAGACAUAAAACCAGCCAACGUGUUUAUAACAGCCACGGGGGUGGUGAAGCUGGGAGACCUUGGAUUAGGCCGGUUUUUCAGUUCUAAAACCACUGCAGCACAUUCCUUAGUGGGAACUCCAUACUAUAUGUCCCCAGAAAGAAUACAUGAGAACGGCUAUAACUUUAAAUCUGAUAUCUGGUCUUUGGGCUGUUUAUUGUAUGAGAUGGCAGCUCUGCAGAGUCCCUUCUAUGGAGAUAAAAUGAACCUGUUUUCUCUUUGCCAAAAAAUAGAGCAAUGUGACUACCCACCUCUUCCAGCUGAACAUUAUUCUGAGAAGCUGCGGGAGCUGGUCGGCAUGUGCAUAUACCCGGACCCGGAUCAGAGACCCGACGUCGGGUACGUGCACCAAGUAGCCAAACAGAUGCACGUGUGGACCUCCAGCACAUGAGGCGCCGCGGAGCCGCCACAGCUCAGUCUUACUUGAAUUGUUUUUCUCUGAUGAAAGCGACUGGUGCCCAGUCCCACAGCCAGAGGGGUGAGCGCUCCUAGCAAGAUGCUCCUUUAUUUCUGCAGGUUAUUUGACAGGACUGUCCCAGGUGGUCGUGCUUUAGUGACGAUUCUGUGAGGUAUUGCAAGUGAUUUGUAUUUGUUUUUUCAGGCCAAUAACGUGCUACAGAUGUAGAUCAUUUAAGGGUCCUUUCUUAAAACUGUCGUGUGUAACCUAGGGUAGGUGAUAGGAAGGAGGGUGUCAGAGCACUGGGCACACCCCAUCUAUCUUAACUGUAAUGUGAACUAUUGAAAUAAUUCCUUCAGUGAAAUCACUUUAUACUAUGUAAGAAUUACAGUAGAUUUUGUGUAAUUUGUAUAACUGCUACUUUGCCUCUUCUGCAAAUGGUUACUAGCAAAUCCAGUUUGUACUUUGUGUAUUUUAAAGCAGCCAUUUAUGUGUUUUUAUUAACUCCCUUCUCUUCAGCCUUAGGAAUGGGGGAGGGUUUGGGGGGUGGGGAACGUCUUUGUUCUUUUUUAACUGAAACUUUAGAGUAUUCUGCUGAUGCAUUUCUCUGUUAACUUGGCCACAGCCAGUGAGAUGAGUUACACACACACCUGGGGGGAAAAAGCAAGCCAAACACACCCAAAGCAACCAUUGCUUCUGCAAAUCAUUUCUCUUUAAACUUCUUUUCCCCCUUUGGCCUGAGUCUCUUCAGGCUUGUUGCACCCAGCGUUUAGCUAAGCCAGACAGACUUUGGCUCAGCAGGACGCUGGGUGCUGCAGGUGAAAGUCAAAGCAGUGUUUUAAACACUUGGAGAAUGUUUUAAAGCAGUGAAACGCUUUGUGUAUCUAAUCCUAGCAAAGGAUCAGCCCCCACCUAUUUAACUGUGAAAGCUGAUUUACACAAUGUGAAUUUUUAUAGUCUCCACCUGAUCUGAAGGAGUCGCCGUCGUGAACUACAGGAAAGGCUUCAACCAACUCAGUUCCUUCAUUGAACCAAUGCUGUGCUUCAUUGCUGUCCCUGGGAAGCAGCCACAGCUUUAGGAACAAACGUGGAUUCACGUUCCAGUGUUUCCAUUUCACGGCCCGUUCAGGGGCUGCACUUGUGGCUCGAGGCUCCCGCGGGGCAAAGCACCAGCCCCGUGCUGCUGCAGGAACCUGCACCUGUGUGGGGGUGUGAAUGCAGCCUGGGCCUGGGUUCUGCUUAAGAAAAGCAUAUGAUCCUUCAUUUUUUGGAAAUAGGAUUAGGGUUAGAGGGUUACCUACAUAUAUAUGCUUCUAGUGGAUUUUUUUAACCUAAUUUGCUCUACUUAAAGGAAAACUGCAGUGCCAUCUUCAGCUCCAGCCUGCCAAGGCUCCAAAUACUUAGGAGAGUAGCAAAGCUACUACUUGCUGUGAAUGAGGGUGGUGUCAUUAGUGCAGGGUGCCAGUUCAGCCAGUCCUCCCAGCACAACCUUGAGCCUCCUGCUCUCCAGAGAGCUUUGGGAAAUGGAGAUGGGCAUGAAAACGCAGCAGAGGCACCGAACUGGUGCUCUGUGGCACUCAUUUCCCCCAUGCCUCCUGCCAGUGGCAGCCACAGGCCUGGGAUGGCAGCACCUGGGGAUGGCACUGCCUCACUGCUCCCUCCACGGAGCCACCCCCAGGACACCCAGACUGACCUUUGGCUUCCAGGGGAGCUCAGCUUGAGUUGGAGUCUCUUGAGAAGUCUGGUCACUUUCUUGCUACAUAAAAUUUAUUAGUGCUUAUAAAUGUAUUUCAAAAGGUAAUUUUUUGCAAUUGUGCCUUUUUAGAUAAAUAAAAAAAUGAUUUACAAAAUAAACACCUUUGGUUAAAAAC